CCGGUUCUCUCAAUAACCAAAGGGACACACCGUCAGGACUAACUUUCUGUAAUAUCACUACAAAGGAUUAAAUUCGACUCGACCGGUAAAGGAAGCUUUACCCGUCGGCGCGCCAACGAACUGUCCGGAGCUAUGAUCCCACCGUCUUAUUCGUCUUCGCGGUGAUCGGAGAUCCUGUUUAACCUUAAGGUAGCGGCAAUGGUGAUGAUGAUGCGGUGACGAAGUAGCGGCACAGAGGUUUCAGCCAUGAGACCAAGGAGCUCCACCGGACCGAAGCUCGCGAGACAGAGAAAUCGAUGGUCACUGGAACAUAGAUCUUCAGCAAUAGAUCCAAGGCGGCGACGGGAAGAAGAACAUGAAGAAGAAAACGAGGUCGAACAGCGAAUCCAUGCGCUCCGCCGAGGAGCUGAUCUUGAACGGUCAGAAUCAGAUCCGACUCGCCAGAUCUGAGAUGGAGGAGAAGAGACAUUACCGGUGGGACAAAAAUCGGAGUCAGAGACACCAGAGAAGUAGCAGGAGUGAGCUUCAUAUAUGAGGAGCAAUUAAAGCGAUCACGGAUCCAGAAGCUCCUCUGCUCGCGAGUGUCUGGUUCCUGUGGAGCAUAUGUUUCUUGACAAAAGCUAUGAGGAUGGGAGAAUCGGUUUUCAUGUAGCCAUGCUGGUGCGGCCAAAUACGCGGAUGCGAUAGCGGCAAGGUUGAUUAAGUGCCACGAAUAAUGGAAGCAUGAGAAUGUUUCCAGAUCGAGACGACUGGAUAAUAUCUGGAUCUUAGAUGUGGACAGGGUCACAGAUAAGAUGAGGAAAACUUGGUCUAAUUUCUUGUGAGACCAUCAAAUUGUGGAAAGUAACCUCAAUUUCAUUAGAAAUUUUCAAAACUUCCCAUGAUCGGUGCUGUGCUUCAAGAUUUAUUUUUUGACACAAAGCUGUGAGGAUGAGAAUACAAGAGUCUGUCAACGUAUCGAUUUCUGGUGUCACUGAACACAUGGAAGCUAUGGAGGGGAGGUCGGCUAUGUACGAUGGCUCAUGAAGUAUGGAUAAUCACAUCACAAAGAUUCUGUGCAAUGCCCCGGCUCCAAAAAGACGAAGAACUAAGAAAAAAGGAGAGGUCUUCUCCAGUAAAUGUAAUGAACUGCCUGCUGAGGUGGUGUAUGAGAUCAUGAAACAUCUGGCUUUGCCCGAUUUCCUCAGUGCAGGUCGAGCAUGCGAAGGUUGGCGGGCGGCAGCUAAGGACAUGGGGCACACUAUUCUAGAAUCCUUUCCUCCUCUUGCUAUGAGCAUGAAGAGUGGUGCAAGGAAGUUUAUGUCCUACCACAACAUUGUCAAUGGUGACAGAUACAGGUCGAAGGUGUUGGCGUACGUAAGAAAGGAAUUCAAAGGCAUUUCGGGGGGCUUCAUUGCCUUUGAGAACUGCCAUGGCAUCUGGUUUGGAAACCCGGUGACAUCCAAGGAAUUGGAGUUCUAUAAGCCCCUGGGUUUCACCCACUUAAGCGAUCGCUCAAUAUUGGUCAAACGUAUACCGAGUGAGGACUACCUUGUCUUGGUCCUCUACAGAAGAUGUAAAACCAUCCAUGCUAUCCGCCACGGGACUACAGAUUGGUUGAUGUUCUCUUACUGUCAUGCCCCUUGGGACAUAGUCGACUUGGUUGUUUGCAAUGAGCGUGUGUUUGGCCUCACAAGUGACGGACGCCUCGGGAUUAUCGGUCUCACGGCAUCGUCUAUUACAUUUAGAAUGAUCUUGAUGGAGAGACGGCAGUUCAUGAUGAACGCCAAACUUGUGAGUUAUGACGGGGAACAAAUCAUGGUGGCUGAGUAUUUAGGUCCGAGACAAGUAAGGAUUACGCGGGCAGACAUGAAUCCAGACAUGAAUCUAGCACAGUGGGAGGUUUUGAAAAACUUGGAAAACCUCUCACUCUUUGUUGAUGAUUACAAUACUUACAGGUUGUGCGAUCCAAGUGGUUGGGGAGGUAGGACAAACUCUGUCUACUUUCUCCACAGCAGAACCUCGGUCUACUCUGUCUUCCCGUACCCCACCAGCGACGAUGAUGAUGAUGACUUUCAUGACUAUGAGCUUUGUACUCAACAUGGAAGUCCUCUGGACAACGUCCGCGGUUGGUAUUUCCCUACCCUCAUCUACUCCCUGGACCGUGUUAGGGACCAUAUUCACGUGAGGGCAGCAGCCAGUUGCUGA